UUUAAGUCGCUACGUAGCGUCAACUCUCUCGCACGCUUUCAACUUCAACGCAAACAACUCGCGACCACCUCGACAACCUGCUCCAACAACCUAAGCAUGGCUCCUGCACGCGCUACAAAGCGUAAAGCACCAAGCCCUGUACUCAGUCCCUCAGCAGCGAGAAAAGCAGACCGAGCAGCCCUCCUCGCAGCCUCUGCAAAAGGCCAUCGAAAGCGAGACUCUGUCGCUUCUUCUCGUUCUUUCGCCUCUGCCCCGGCCCUCAAUGCGCCGCCAGCUGCUAUUGAGAGUAAAGCAUUGCUGGAUGUGUAUGUCUUUGGAACAGGCAGUAUGUGUGAAUUAGGACUCGGUCCUGAUGCGAAAAACAAGACUGUCAAGCGGCCACGAUUGAAUCCAUUUCUAGCACAGGAAGAGGUGAUUGAUAUUGCUGUGGGUGGUAUGCAUGCCGCUGCACUUCUUAAAAAUGGCAAGAUUAUGACGUGGGGUGUGAAUGAUCAAGGUGCCCUGGGUCGCGAUACGAGUUGGGAUGGCGGUCUCGUGGAUGCAGACAUGGCGGAUGAUAGUGACAGUGAAGCGGAUCAACUCAACCCCAAGGAAUCGACACCCACAGUUGUUGAACAUGCACAGACAUUUGUGAAGCUUGCAGCGAGUGAUUCGUUGACGGUCGCUAUUGAUGCGGAUGGCCAUUUAUGGGCUUGGGGUACAUUCAGGUGUUCUGAUGGCAUCUUGGGAUUUGAUGCGCAUGCCAAAGUGGCUGCACGACCACAACGACUCGUGCUGCGAGAGACCUUUACAGAUCUUGCUUGUGGCACCGAUCACGUUCUCGCACUCAGUACCUCUGGCAAAGUGUUUGCUUGGGGCAACGGCCAGCAAUUCCAGCUGGGUCGACGCGUUGUUGAGCGUACACGACUCAACGGUCUUGUGCCGCGUGAGUUUGGGCUCAAGAACAUUGUGGCCAUUGGUUGUGGCUCGUACCACUCGUUUGCAAAGGACAAGGACGGACGUGUGUUUGCGUGGGGUCUCAAUCAAUUUGGACAAUGCGGUAUCACCAUGCAGGAACUUGGUGAAGAUGGCGCUGUGAUUGCUGUGCCAACGCUGAUUGAUGGCCUAGCAGGCAUGGAUAUCAAGCAAAUCACAGGCGGCGAGCAUCAUUCAGCUGCCAUCACAACAGACGGUGCAUUAUUGGUUUGGGGACGCCUUGAUGCGUGUCAAUUGGGACUCAAGCGUGAUGCACUCCCAAGCACAGCUGUGAGCGAUGCCUCUGGCAAACCACGCUAUAUUCCUACCCCGACACCGCUUGUGUUUGAUGGGACUACAAAAGCGGCUCACAUUGCAUGUGGCACGCACCACAAUAUCCUGGUGGAUGAGCAGGGUCAUGCCUGGUCCUGGGGAUUCGGCGAGUCAUACCAGGUCGGACAGGGCCCGCCGGGAGAGGAUGUCGAGGUGCCGACUCGGAUUGUGAAUACGGCGACAGAGGGGAAACAGAUGUGUCUGGCUGGUGCAGGUGGCCAGUUUUCGCUGCUGUGUGCACUUCGGCAGCCGUAGUGCUCGGCCUGCCAUGCUAUAUUCCUGUAUUCCAUAGGAUGCCUUCUCUUCUUGGCUG